GCCUGCUCCCAGGCCGGCCCCGCGCCCGGACAGGGACCGGGCGGAGCGGAGCCGCUGCGCCAGCGCUGCGCCGCCAGUCGCUGCGCCUAGCGGAUCGGUGCUGUGCGCGGAACUGCCCUGCCCCGCCCCGCUCCACCCGCCAGGAGCUCCAGCUCUUUAUCCAAGAGCUACCUGCUAGGAUGGAGGGAGCUGGCCAGAGCAGAGAGGAGGUUUCUGCUCAGACCCCUGCCAGGUGGCUCGAGGCAGCCGGGAUGACAGUUCUCCCCAGGAACCUUGCUACCUGCUGAGAAACAUGAUCAGCAAGUCCCCUCCUCUGUGCAUGUGCCCUGCAGGCUGGAAGCUCCUGGCCAUGUUGGCUCUGGUCCUGGUUGUCAUGGUGUGGUAUUCCAUCUCCCGAGAAGACAAGUACAUUGAGCUAUCUGACUGGGGCUCCCUUCUCCUCUCUGUCUCCAGUUUUUAUUUUCCCAUCCCAGAGAAGAAGGAGCCAUGCUUCCAGGGUGAGGCAGAAAGGAAGGCCUCUAAGAUCUUUGGCAACCACUCCCGAGAUCAGCCCAUCUUCCUGCAGCUUAAAGAUUAUUUCUGGGUCAAGACGCCAUCUGCCUAUGAGCUGCCCUAUGGGACCAAGGGAAGUGAGGACCUGCUCCUCCGGGUGCUAGCCAUCACCAGCUACUCCAUACCUGAGAGCAUCCAGAGUCUCAAGUGUCGCCGCUGUGUCGUGGUGGGCAAUGGGCAUCGACUACGGAACAGCUCCCUGGGAGAUGCCAUCAACAAGUAUGAUGUGGUCAUCAGAUUGAACAAUGCCCCAGUGGCUGGCUACGAGGGAGAUGUGGGCUCCAAGACCACCAUGCGUCUCUUUUACCCUGAAUCUGCCCACUUUGACCCCAAAGUGGAGAACAACCCAGACACACUCCUGGUUCUAGUAGCUUUCAAGGCGAUGGAUUUCCACUGGAUUGAGACCAUCCUGAGUGAUAAGAAGCGGGUGCGAAAAGGUUUCUGGAAACAACCCCCCCUCAUCUGGGACGUCAACCCCAAACAGAUUCGGAUUCUCAAUCCCUUCUUCAUGGAGAUUGCAGCUGACAAACUGUUGAGCCUGCCAAUGCAACAGCCGCGAAAGAUUAAACAGAAACCAACCACAGGUCUGUUGGCCAUCACCCUGGCCCUUCACCUCUGCGACUCAGUGCACAUUGCAGGCUUUGGCUACCCAGAUGCCUACAAUAAGAAGCAGACCAUUCACUACUAUGAGCAGAUCACACUCAAGUCCAUGGCGGGGUCAGGCCACAACGUGUCCCAAGAGGCCCUGGCCAUCAAGCGGAUGCUGGAGAUUGGAGCUGUGAAGAACCUCACGUACUUCUGACUUAGGCCAGAGCUGUAACCCUUGAGGGUUGCCUACUCCACUGCCUGAGGGACCCCUGUCCAUGGUUGCAGGGAUGCCUGGUGCCAGCACAACCCCCUUGAACUCACUCUCUCCUGUUUGGGGAGGGGGGUCUUGGAACUGGCCCAAUCUGAGAUGAGGCCAUGCCCCUGGCUACCUGAGGGGUUCCAGAUCCAGUCAUGGUAUAGGCACUGGGACCACAGGGACCCGGCCAAGCCAGGGUACUUGUUGCUGAGUACCCCCUCUGCUAGCACCAAGAGAUUAUUUAAUGGGCUAUUUAAUUAAGGGGUAGGAAAGUGCUGUGGGCUGGUCCCAUGGCAUCCAGAAAAGGGGCACAGUACAGUGUUCUGCCCACUUUUUAUAAAAACUUACUUGUGAUGGGCCCACCAAAGCCUAGACCCAGAGCUGGCCUCCCAGGAGGGCGAGUCACCAGGAGUGGUUGGGUGUCCUCCAGAGAGGAGCUGUUACUUCCCAGCUGGACUGGGAAAAGCAUGGGUGAAGGGGUUCUACCAAGAAGGGGACCUCAGAAAAAGAGGUUUCAAAUCUACCAUUAAAAUAUUUUUCCUAAAACGGAA